AUGGGGGCGGUAAAGUCGCACGAGCCGAGAAGGUAGCAUUUGCGACUUUGGGGGCGAUUUAUUUCUCCGACGAAAAACCGACCGACCGACCGACCGACGGCGUCGUCACCUCCCGAUCCAACGCUUUUCGCCGGAGGUAAUCCUCUUCCCCCGUUGCACAGCCAAACCCACCGGCAAAUCUGCCCUCGGGCCUGCUGAUUUGAAGAUUCUGCGAUCUCCUCUUCGCGGCGGCUGCCCGAUUCGUCGGUAGUGUCUCAACUUCACCACUCGGGUCUCAGCAACAUUUGAAUGAGAAGCCUUUGGUAUUGAUCUGGAGCUAUUCGUGCUUUUACCCUUUUGCCUGUUUGUGCUAUACAGAGCUGAUGCAUAAUGGCUAAAACUUCACUGUCAAGUGAAGUUUUGAAGGCAGUCUUUCCACUUCUCGAUGGUGAAGAUCUAGUUUCGUGCAUGUUGGUAUGUCGUCAAUGGAGAGACAUCGCUGGAGAUGACUACUUUUGGAAGUGCAUCUGUGCCAAGAGAUGGCCUUCCAUUUGCAAAAGGCCUCCACCAGCCAUAAGUUACCACAAGCUAUUUGUGACAUUUGGCCGAUCCCAACCUCCUCAACCCCUUCCGCAGUCGAGGCUUUCAUUUCAUGACUUGGAAUUCUUCAUUGACCUUUGGUCUGAAGAGACACUGAUAUUUUCUGAAGCUGUCUCAGGUACUGUGCUUCAGACAGGUAUAAGGAACCCGCCUUCAGGGAUACCUGAUCCACUCAAAGAACACUUGGAAAGUGAUGAUUACAAGAUGGUGAUGCAGGUUGAGCCAAAUUUUUCUUUUUCAUUGGAGCAAACUAUCAGUGUGUCGGUCCUUGUUGGUCGCAAAGAUACCAACCAAAUGGCACGAGUCGUAAACCAAUCUGUGUUUGGAUAUAUUGAUGGCGAUGCAUCAAGGGCACUGGCUUAUGACUACCUCAACUUUGCACCAGGAUAUCCAUUCAUAUCGGGAAUAAGGGCUUGGAUUUCCUUGCUGUUUAUGGCUAACAACAACCAUAGUAUUACGGGUGUAUUUGGCAUUGAGAUAGACUUCUGUGACGCUGCAAGCUCUGAGAACGAAGUCCUCUGGCUCUUGGACAUACUUGAUUGGAAGUAGAUCCGAGUUAGAUUCAUUUUAACUGUAAAUGACCAGAAGGAUUAACUACAUUGUUGAAAUGUCUGACGAAGUAUUCGUAAUAUUAAUAAGUUUGGUUUGUAACUUUAAGAUAAUGAUGAUUCACGGGUAAGUGAUUUCUCCUUGUAUUGGUUGAUAUAUUAUGGGAAAGCUGUAGCCUUUUCAAUGUAAUGAAAAGGGAAAACAAUGUUCUACUCAUAUUGAUGCUCGUCAUUUGGAAAACUAGGGGAAUUUGAUUGUUUUUUAUUUGGCUAAAUUUGGGGCAAAUUGGGUGAGAUGUGAUUAAACUAAGGUUUGACCACAAGAACAUAUGGUUUUGAUUAAA